CAGACUCAGAAGGGGAACCCGUCCUCAUCUGACACCAAACACGAACGAAUUCACACUAAAAAAGGCAACAACAUGAAGUCUUCGAGUGACGAACCUGAUGACAUGGAUGAUAUGGCAGCGCUGGAAGUGCUUGAUGAAAACACAGUGACAGAGCAUCUGCAGAAGCGCUACGCCAACGAGCAGAUCUACACGUAUGUGGGAGACAUCCUUAUCGCAGUCAACCCCUUCCACGAGAUCAAUCUCUACACUCCUGAGCACUCAAAGAUGUAUAUCGGUGCCAAGCGUCCGGUGAAUCCUCCGCACAUAUUUGCCAUCGCUGACGUUGCCUACCAGUCCAUGGUGUCCUCCAACGCUGACCAGGUGACUCAAAAAACUCUAAAAACAAUAAUUCAACUGCAAGAGGUGCUUGCUGAGAUCAUGAGAUUAUACUUCCAGGAUCGAGUGAUUUUUCCAUGA